AUGACUCUUAUUAUUGCUCAGAGUUUCAACUACAGGAGAGAUGAAAUACAAUAUCUUGAGAGAGUUGGAGGGUUGGGUGUCAGAUGCAGCACAAUGAUAUUCACAGAUGUCGAGAUUAUCAACAAUAUAGAAGCUACCAACACCAAGAGCAAUCAACUUAAUUUCCCAAAUAAAGAAGGACUAGAUUCAUUGACAAUGCCAUAAGAUAUAUAUAAAUUGCUACUUCUAUAUCUAAAACAGAUUUUGUGCUUAAUAGAUUCUCAUUAACUUAAAAUGCAAUGGGCCCUUUGA